AUGCAGUUCACCUUCGCCACUCUUCUCACUCUCGCCGUUUCGGCUGUCGCUAUGCCCUCCGCCAACGGAAGCCCCAAGGGCGUUACCGUUGCCCAGGCUCAGGGACUCUGCCAAGCUGGAACCGUCUCUUGCUGCAACCCCAAGAAGGAAAUCAGCGGCCAAGGCGUCCUCGGAAACCUCCUCGCUGAGGGUCUCUUGAACAACCUGAUCGGCACUGGCGACUCCGCCUGCACCUCCGUUAGCCUGAUUAAGAACCUCAACAUUCUCGGCUUCACCAACGAGGGCCAGGAAGGAACCACCUGCUCCAAUACCAUUGCCUGCUGCCCCGCUGGCAAGGACUGCACUGCCAUCAACGCAUAA